GAAUGGAUUACUAUUUAAGCUGGCCUAUUAGCGGCUGAUAUAAUAAUUGAAGGUUAUUUACAACGUUCAGUUUGUCAGAAGAACUUUGAAGUUCAAAUAAGUAAGUACAAAUUGAGCGAGUUUGCAACAUAUUGCGAUUCAAACUGGCGACGCAACGCUCACUCGACAGUGUACUGACAUCGUUUUACCUGCUUGCUUGCUGCGUAUCAACGACUAGGUGAAUGACAGGUAAAGGUGCGCAACUCAAGCCCCGCCCAAUCACUUCAAAGUUGAACGCUAUAUGAUAAGACAGACAAGAGACACGUGAUAAACUAACAGCAAGACGAACACAGCGAUUAAGCCGUCUCGUGCCUCAGCCAAUAGCUUGAGAGAUAUUAAAUCUACGAGAAGUUUUCGAUAACUUCUCAUUUGUCGAGGAUUUUCUGACAACUGGGAAGUCUGCUACUAGAAAGAAUACUUCAAGUUCUGUUUUUCCUCCAAAUGGUGAUAACCAAGAGAACGAACAUAAAAUUUUAUACCGAAGAGAUUUUACAUCGGAAGUUUUUCAUUUGAAGAAUCAAGUUGCCUCAGCGAAAAAAAUUCCAGCAUUUGAUUGGACAUAAUAUACUAAAAACUGGAUUUUCAUUUUUGACAAUUUUGUUUUAUUUAAUUCAUCGCUAUAUGGUAUUUUAUCCCCGUGUCACAGGUUGGAUAUCUCGUGCUACCGUAUUCCAUACCAUAGGACAUAAUUGCAAAGUAUAUAUCAAGGAUUUUUGAAAUCUUUUUUGUUUAUUUGUUAUAGUCGGAACAUGUUGCGUAUUUCGCUGUUCUUUUUGGUAGCCCUUACUGGGCUCCGACAGAUACAAUCUAUCAACGCAUUAUACAACGGACAGCAGAGUACACCGGCAAACCCGUGUGUAGACGAAAACGGGAAUCCAAAAAGGUGUAUGCCAGAUUUUGGAAACCAAGCGUUUGGGAAAAAAGUAUAUGCUUCGUCUACUUGUGGUACUACUGCUCUGACGAGGCACUGCACGAGGGCUAUGGACAGUGAGCACGCACGCAAAUGCGACACUUGUGAUAGCACGAAUCCGAAGCUGAUGCACCCCCCGGAAUACAUUACGGAUUUACACAACCCAACUAAUCUGACGUGUUGGCAGUCGGAACCGUUUUCCACGAGCCCCCAUAAUGUUUCGCUCCACCUUGUUCUGGGAAAGAAAUUCCAGCUAACGUACAUCACGUUGGAAUUUUGCUCAGCGCGACCAGAAUCUAUGGUCAUCUAUAAAUCACAAGAUUAUGGAAAAACGUGGCAGCCGUAUCAGUAUUACUCGACGCAAUGUCGCCGAUUCUACGGAAUCCAGAAAAAUACGGAGAUCACCAAGCUGAACGAACAAGAAGCGCUAUGCGUUGAUUCACAUAGUCAUUCGGACCCAUAUAACGGCGGCCGUAUCGCUUUCAGCACGCUUGAAGGUCGCCCGUCAGCCUACGAUUUCGACAACAGCCCCGUGCUUCAAGACUGGGUAACGGCAACGGACGUUAAGGUAGUCUUUAACCGCCUUUUUACACCCGAUGCAUUGACGACCAAGGACGAAAAUAAUAAGGAGAAUCAGUUCUAUGCCGUGUCGGAUUUUAGCGUCGGAGGACGAUGCAAGUGUAACGGACACGCGUCACGUUGCAUACAGGAUCGCAAUGGACAACUUAUGUGCGACUGCAAACAUAAUACGGCGGGACUAGAAUGCGAAAAAUGCAAACCAUUCCAUUACGACAGACCCUGGUCCAGAGCGACAGUUAGGGAGGCCAACGAAUGUGUCCGUAAGUAGAUCGUGACGUUCGUCGUCAACACACUAAUCUAAUCAAAAUCUUAUUUUCAGAUAUCAUCGUCUACAUCAUAUAAGUCUGGAACUAGAACUAUUAUUUGGUAUAUUUUAUGCUCCUGUGUGUGAACUACACAUUUUGUAUGCUAAUUAAUUAUUUUAAGAAGUGUUAAGUGGAAUAACUUACUCGUAAUUUCCGUAGACCUAUUAGAAUUACCAUAACUAUAUGCUUAUAUGACGUUGUACAGCCACAUAAAUACCAAGGAGAAUGUACACAUUAGCUAGCACAGUAAUAUUUUUUCUCAUAAAAACCACUUUUCAAAACCAUUUCAUCUCGUGUCUACACAUAAACUUUGCCCUUUAUUAUAAUCAAAGAAAGUAAAUUAACGACGUUAGAUUAGACGAUUUCUUCGACAAUAUUUUUGUGGCGAUCUAUGAUAGAAGCAUACGUCAUACAUACCACGUGCCUCGUAGUCUGGGUCAUGUAAAUCAUAAUAAUCACUAAACAUAAAUGAUAGGAUGUCAGAUGUUAAAUAAUACUACUGUGAUGUUGCAAUGAGAACACGUCGUCGUGUAGUUUAACGCACGGUGACGGCGCAGCAAAGACUCGAAACUAGGCCCCUGGUGGUAUUAAAACACAGGCAAUACGAUCACCUGCAAAGCUUCGGUUAUCUCAACAUAAUAACGGUAAUAGAC